AGUGCUUUUUUUAGUAAAGAAAUUUAAUAUUUCAAUAUUUAAUAAAGAAAGCAGUAAGGUUGAAAUAAUUGAAGGGAUAAUAAAAUUAUUUGUAAUUAAUCUGGUUUAUAUGAAAGUCCUUCAGCAAGUAAGGUUAUUGGAAAAGCAGAUUAUUAUAACUGCAGCGUUUUUAAAUCGAGUUGACAAAAACGUACAUAAAGAGACAUUACACAAAUAUACAUAAGUGCAGAUAAUAGUCAUCGACGGAAUACGCAAAUAUUGGCAUUGAUUAUUGGAACAGCAAUCUGAAAUAUUGCGUGGUAAUAAGCAGAAAUUACUCGCAUGUGUGCAUCCUGUCAACAACCAUAAUUGAUUUAUUUAGUUUAAUACGCGCUAGUGAUCAACUCGCUUGACUUUCAACUACCGAUAAGGCAAAUAAAAUCAAGUGAAAUUACACAAUUCUCCAAUAAGUAUAGAUACAAUCAAUUAUAUACAUGUUAUUGUAUAUAUAGUUGCUGUGCAAAUUUAAAAGUUCCUUCAAACUCAACAACGGAGCCGCCGCUACGAGCUGUGAGCUGUGAAAACGAAACUGAAACGGUUAUUCAACCAACAAACUGAAUUGAUUCCGAGGCGAACGCUUAAAGACGACGGUUGGUCGAGCGGGAAAUUGAAAAUAUAAUACAAAUCGUACAAUUCAAAAAGUCUAAGGAAAUAAUUCUGUAAAGAAUACACUACUUUGAGUUUAAGACAUUUUUGUAAAAGUCAACAUCACUAACGGUGAUAAUUAAGCAUUGCAUUAGUUUUUGCAAUAACAACAACAACGUGCAUUUAACAUUGAAACGACGAAGUUGAAAUUUGUGAUUCGUGCAUUUUUUGGUUGUGUUCAAUUUGUUUCUGCAUUUUCAUGAGUGCAAAGUCAAAGACUGCAUUUUGAGCAAAACAAAAGUCAACAAAACAUACGACAUACUAGCAAAGUGUUACGAAAAUAACCGAAACUACUUGUGCAUUCAACAACAACAAAAAUUCACACAAAGAAUUGCAACAGCAAGCAGAAUAAGUGCAGAGUGCAAGCAGAGAAUAGAAAGUAGAAAGCUUUGAAAAAAAACUCUUGCAGCCAAGGAGAUAAACAAGAGGCAGGAACAAUAGCACAAUCAUAUUGUAAAAAAAAUCGCUAAUAAAGUGUAUAUAGCUUACUCAAUUCAAACCUACGCACACACACCCCACAGUACUGCGCAGGUCUUUGUAAAAAACAAAAAAAACAACAACUAAAACUAAAACAAAAAAAAUAUAUUUCAAAGUCACAUAAAGCUUUGAGAGCAUCUAAGUAAAACGUAUUUGUGCGAAAAAGCAUACAUACCUACAAUUUGCAUUGAACUAAUCGCGGAAGCGAACGAAUUGUGAAAAAACCAACACUAGAUACCUCGUAGUGCAAAAGCUAAGCAAAUCGACAGAGAUGGAGAAAGAUUUGAAUGGUGCAAUGCAGAGCCUUGCUAUUAAUAGCAGUGGCAGCGCUAUUGUCAAUGGUUGUUGUCGCGGCACCGACGGCGACGUUAACGGUAAGCUUUCGUGCCACAGUCAGCAACAACAAUUUGACGAUUGCAGCAAGCUGAGCAACAACCAAAACAGCGGUCAUUGCGGCGCAUGCAAGUGUGACGAUAGUACACAGUCAGCGGACGAGACAGAUAACGUACGCGUUGCUAACGGCGCAGUUGGCGGCGUAGCCAAUGUUACAUCCAGUUUCGCGUACAAAUCGGCAUCUGCGCAGCAGCUACAGCAACUUCAGCAGCAGCAACAGCAGCAAGCACAGCCACAAACACCACCGCCACCAUACGCUAACGCUAGUGCCGCGGAAAAACACAAAAUGGUUCACGAGUUAUGUCAGCAAUUAAUAUUAACGGACGAACAGAUCAAGGAAUUAAAUUAUCGCAUCCUGCAUGAGAUCAAGCGUGGCCUCAACAAGGAUACACAUCCCAAAGCCGAUGUCAAGUGCUGGGUAACGUAUGUACAAGAUUUGCCAAAUGGCAAUGAACGUGGCAAAUUCCUUGCCCUCGACCUUGGCGGCACCAACUUCCGUGUGCUGCUCAUCCAUCUGAAGGAGGAGCAUGAUUUCCAAAUGGAAUCACGCAUUUACGCUAUACCACAACACAUCAUGAUCGGUACCGGUCAGCAGUUGUUCGAUCACAUCGCUGAAUGUUUGGCCAGUUUCAUGUCGGAACAUAAUGUGUAUAAGGAGCGCUUGCCAUUGGGUUUCACCUUCUCCUUCCCACUGCAACAGCUGGGUCUGACCAGAGGUCAUUUGUCCACAUGGACGAAGGGUUUCAAUUGCUCCGGUGUAGUUGGUGAAGAUGUUGUGCAACUAUUGAAGGACGCCAUUGCGAGACGUGGUGAUGUACAAAUUGAAAUUUGUGCUAUUCUAAACGAUACCACUGGUACAUUAAUGUCGUGCGCCUGGAAGAAUCAUAAUUGCAAAAUUGGUUUGAUUGUUGGUACCGGUUCCAAUGCUUGCUAUGUGGAGCGUGUCGAAGAAUGUGAAUUGUUCGAAGGCGCAUCUAAUGGCAAAUCACAUAUGCUCAUUAAUACAGAGUGGGGCGCAUUGGGUGAUAACGGUAUGUUGAACUUCCUGCGCACCGAAUUCGAUGAUGAAAUCGACAGACACUCCAUCAAUCCGGGCAAACAACUGUUUGAGAAAAUGAUUUCUGGCAUGUACAUGGGCGAAUUGGUACGUUUGGUGAUAGUUAAGCUGGUCAAAGCAGGUGUACUCUUCAAGGGUCAAGAUUCAGAUGUGUUGAUGACACGCGGCCAAUUCUUCACGAAAUAUGUUUCAGAAAUCGAAGCUGAUGAACCAGACAAUUUCACCAACUGCCGCAUGGUGUUGGACGAAUUGGGCUUGAACGACGCCACCGAUGAGGAUUGCGCCAAUGUCCGUUAUGUCUGCGAAUGUGUCUCAAAGCGUGCUGCGCAUUUGGUAUCUUGCGGUAUUGCGACGCUUAUCAACAAAAUGGACGAAAAACAGGUGACAGUCGGUGUUGACGGUAGCGUAUAUCGUUUCCAUCCGAAAUUCCACACGCUGAUGGUGGAGAAAAUCACAGAACUGAUAAAGCCAGACAUUAGCUUCGACCUGAUGCUGUCCGAAGACGGUUCCGGACGUGGUGCGGCGCUGGUUGCGGCGGUAGCGUGUCGGGAGGACAAUGUCGUCAAAGCGAAGUAAAAGCAAUAGUCCAUUACAAAAAGGAGUUUUAGUAUAGUAUGUGAGUAAGCCGAUUUAGUAAUGAAAGCGAGCGCAAGCUACCAGUGCCCCUCUCCCUCCUAAGCAAAACAUAAAUAUGUAGGUGAAUUAAGCUAACGCUAACACGCCAACAAAACAACAACAGUAAUGUUAAUUCAUAUGAAUGUGACAACCGUCACACAAUUCAAAAAGUAGUAGUAGUGAUGUAAAAACAACAGCAACACAAAACAUUUAAAGCAAAAACAAAGAAAAAACUACGAUGCAGCAGCAAUCACAUGACAUGACGUUUUACGCGCAAACUCAGUGGUGAAAGCAACAAAGUGAUAGAUAUAUAUUAUUAAAACAGGAUACAAAGGAUGGCGAGUAGAUGUGCUGUGCGAUAUACAUAUGUAUAUUAUAUAAUAAUAGUGCAGAGCAACGUGUGAGAGAUGGGGAAGGCCACACGGCAGCCCUCCAAAGCAUGCAGUGAGUGAUGUGACGAGUAUUGCCGCAAAAGUUGUACAGAUAAAUAGGCAGUAGUAGCAGCAACAACAACUUCAGCAAACAGUUGUCACUAGCUAUGUAUAUUUGUUGAUUUUUUUAGUGAUAAAAAUAAAUUAAAAUUAUUUUAACUAUUACAUAAUGUAGAGAAAUAAUUAUACAAAUUUGCACUAUUUUUUGUUUAAGAAAUUCGUUAACUUAUUCCUAUAGCAAAGCGAAAGCGAAUACGAAUUUUAAACAUUGUAAGAUUUGGCACAAAAACGUAUUUUUUAUUUAGUUUUAUGUUGCCUUAGCACCUUUUUAGACUAUUUAGUUGGUUAAAAUUAGCAGCAAAAGACAACUGCGUAAAACUGCUUUAAGGAAAAUAUGUAUGUACGUUCAAGUAGAUUUCGAAAAAAAAAAACAAACAAGAACACAAAUGAAUUAUAUACAUUUUAAAACUUGUGCAAAGCGUAGACAUUAAAAUAAAUAAUAUAAAUACAAAAACGUUUAGUUAAUGCCGUUUUACUUUGUAGCAAAGAGAAUCUAAAAAUAUAAACAAAGAAUUGAGUUAAAUAACAAAAAUUAAACAAAAA